UCAUUGAUAAAAGUUGGCGCGACAUGGAGAUAGCUUUCCAUAGUAUCCUGGGAUUUUUAUUUGCUCUUUUCUACAUUUUGGACGCAAAGCGCGAAUUUAACAUAUACCAACGGGUCUGCCUGGUGAAGUCCCUUCAUCAAUGCUGCCAAGUAAACUGUACAAUUGUUAACCAGACUAACUCGGUACCCUACAUGAACUUCCACUUCACCAUGACUGAGGAUCUUCUCAACAUAUACGGGAAAGUAAUAAUUACAGUUAAACGCAGCAACAAGAAGCCUUUCAACCUUUUGAACAUGAAUAAAAUGGGCGUUUGCCAACUAGCAGAUGGAACAUUUGGUUUACUCUUGGCCAAACGCUUCAUCACAGAGCUGCAGAAGCAUGGAAACUUCCCUAGUAACUGUCCCGUGAAGAAGGAUCACUACUAUAUAGAGCGGCUCGUUAUAAACCCGGAUAUCCUUCCGGAAUAUAUACACAAUAUAUCAUACCAGUCGCGAGGUACCUUCUAUACGAUAAAAGACGAUGGCAAGACACAGAAUCUCUUUUCGAUCCAAUAUGACGGGGAAAUUGUAAGGAAGGUUGGAGUGCCUGUAAAAAGAAGGAGGAAUUAGAGAACCAAACAAGCAUGGAUAACUGUGGAGCCAGAGAUAACUUUAUAUUACUAAUGUAGCAUACUCCGCUUGUAAAUGGGGCAAGGUAGACCAAUCUCAUGAUGUUUUACUUUAUAGUUCCCAUUGAAAAUAUAUUUCUGGCUUACCAAAAUUUUUUAAAUAAUAU